AUGUCGCGAUCCGGAAUUCGUCGGUCAGGUGAGUAUCCUUGUAUUUCUCACGAAAAUUAUCAAUUAAAGAGAUCUAGAUGUAAGUUUUUCGAGGAACCUGAAUCCAGGCGGAUAAUUUCAAGUUUCUCUCUUAUAGAAUCAGGGAACUGUCAACUUUCACUCAAUCUGUGUUUUCUAGUAGUUUUCGACCCGCUGAUCACGAUCCCAUGGUCAAAAAUUUCAGAAUAGAACUCCUUAUGACGUGGAAAAGCUUGACAAAAAUCGGAUAAGGCUUCAACUAACUUCAACAAUGAUAUUCAUUUGAUUCUGAUAGCACAGGUUGUUGUGCUAUCAGAUUCUCAUGAGAAUAAUUUUCGAAGUUAGUUGAAACCUUGUGAAGUUCCUACUUUUGUCAAACUUUGCCACGUCAUAGGAGUUCUAUUCCGCAAUUUUUGACCACGAGAUCGUGAUCAGUGAGUCGAAAACGUCGAGAAAAAAAACAGUUAAAUCCCUUUUUUUACACAAAAGGUCAGUUCGUCUUGUAGCGAAAAAUUGAAAUAAAACUUUAUCAAUUUUACACGAAGAACAAACCAUAUACUUUCUUAUCACAUAUCGGUAGCCAUGUUCAUUCUUUGUAACGAACAAAAAACGAGCCGAAAUGGGAUGAUACGAAAAUACCCCGAGAGAAAAGAAAGAACAACGCUAGACGGUGUAGGGAAGUUGAAAAUUUUCGAGAACUUCAUUAUCAGUGGGCCGAUUUUGACAUUUUAUUGUUUUUCGCCUCCGUGCAGUAGGCCGUGUGCCAAAAUAACGAAACGAUAAGAAAAUGGACUUUUCUUUGAAGAAAAAACUAUCGAAUUUUCUUUUUGAAAAAGAUUAAAAAGAUUGAAAUCUAUCUCCGUUUAUUUUUCAUCGAGAAAAAAAGUACGAUUGAUUAAAAUCAGAUAAGAUACAGAUCGUAGGAACCUUUCUAUUCUAUUUAUAAUGUCCAAUUCUCAUAUUUUCCUCAUUUGCGAUGAAAAAUGUCUCCUCUUUCUCUCUUCCAUUGUCAUUGUAAACAUUGGAGGCUCCAGGUUAUCGUAGUAUUUCUCUUUGCGCGUAGAAUCUGUUGUGCGGCUGUUGCACAUGUGCCCUCGCGUUUUUUAGGCCACAUUUUAUUUCGAAAAGUUUUUUUUCUAAAACUGCUCAAGUUAACGAGCUUUUUUCUUAUCAAUCGUUGUACUUUCUCCUUUUUAUCGUUCAAUAUAUGAUUUUAUUUCGCGCACGUGGGUUGCAAAAAUACAUCUAGAAUUGUGUCGUCUUCGAGAAGAAAAAAUAGAGAAAAUAUGGUUCGAUUGAAAUAGCGUAGAAAUAUCAUAGACAGUGGCGCCAUAUCAUCUAGCUCCGCCCUUUUUUCUCCCCAAAACUUGUCCGCCCCUUAUUCGUCUCAUUAUUUGAGUGAGCAUUCGAUCCGACAGUCCCAAUGCGAUUCAAUUUUAUUUUUUCGAACUUUUUAAUAUUUUUCAAUAGAAGUUUAUUACAGAUAUGUCCAACCACACUUUCCUCUUCACAUCCGAAUCCGUCUCGGAAGGACAUCCAGACAAAAUGUGCGAUCAGGUUUCUGACGCCGUUUUGGAUGCUCACUUGGCCCAAGAUCCAAACGCUAAGGUUGCAUGUGGUAAGUUUCGCAUGUCUUCUGUCGGUUUUCCAAGUUUUGUUUCUCUCUUUCUGUUGUCCGUUUGGUAAACGCAUUUGUUUGCCAAAAAUAGGUUACAGGACUUCUUCCUAUCGACAUUGGUUGAAGUUUUGAGCUGAGGAGAUGAGAUGAGAUGGAAAUUGUCGCACGCGUGUGACAAGACCCGUUAAUCGGUUUACUUUGAUUACAGAAACGGUAACCAAAACGGGUAUGAUCAUGUUGUGCGGCGAGAUUACAUCAAAAGCCGUCGUCGACUAUCAAGUUCUUGUUAGAAAUGUUGUCAAGAAAAUCGGAUAUGACGAUUCGUCAAAAGGUAAAUUUUUGCUUUUUCCUUAUUUUGCAUGGCUAGUGCACGAAAGUUACGAACACUCAAGGUUUUUUCCAAAUUACUCGGUGAAUAAUCAAAUUCUAAAAUGAAAGUUUGUUAUCUGAACAUACGAGUUUUGACUUUGCGAAUUUUCUUGGGCUCACGGAGUAUUUUCGUGACUUUUGAAAGUAAAAACUUGUAUUUAUAUUCAGAUAACAAACUUCGAUUUUAAAAUUUUAUUAUUUUUCUAGUUCCACCUCAUUUGAUUUUUUAACCUCUACAAAAAUCUAAAGCCUUUGAGCUAACUAAUUUCAUUAUUAUUUCUGUGCGGCAGGCUGUUUAAAUAAAAUUCCAACAAAGUAAAUUUUCAUGACAAAAAUUGCAUCAAAUAAAAAAAUUGUUUGUUUGUUUUUCAAAAAAUGCACUUUCCUCCCAAAAACCACUUUUUAUGUCAAUAUUUUUAUCACAAAAAAAGCAGUUAUCAUACAUACAUCAAUAUUUGAACUUUUGAAUGUUGCAACAAAUUUUAUUAGCCCAUUAAAUCUUCGCUGAAAUGGCGUGAUAAAAGGUCAACCCGUUGUUAUCAGACGUUUUAUCUUUCACUAUGUGUCGCGCAUUGACCAACCUUGACAGCAAAAAAAAAUAUCAUGUUUUUAGUGAUGAGAUGAUAUGUUAUCUGGGUUUUAAUCUUUUGAAUUGAAACAAAAAAACCAAAAGUGUUCGUGAUUUGAGUCUGCACGUGCGUGUUGUGGAACUUCUUCUGAUUUCUCCUCUUUUUAAGGAUUCGAUUACAAAACUUGCAAUGUCCUCGUUGCUCUUGAGCAACAAUCCCCAGAAAUCGCCGCUGGAGUCCACGUUGACAAAGAUUCCGAUGAUGUUGGAGCUGGAGAUCAAGGAAUCAUGUUCGGAUACGCUACUGAUGAAACUGAAGAGGCUAUGCCACUCACCCUUCUUUUGUCGCACAAAUUGAACUACAAACUCCAUGAGCUCAGAAGAAAUGGAGAACUCGCCUGGGUUCGUCCAGACUCCAAAUCUCAAGUCACCAUCGAAUAUUCAUCGGAAGGAGGAGCCUGUGUUCCAGUUCGUGUUCACACUGUUGUCAUUUCCACUCAACAUAGCCCAGAUAUCUCUUUGGAAGAUUUGAGAACCGAAAUCAUCGAGAAGGUUCGAUUCUUUUUAACAAAAACAUUGGGAAUUUGAAAAUAACUUGGAAAUUUUCAGGUUAUCAAGGUUGUCAUUCCAUCGAAUUUGUUGAACGAAGAAACUGUCUACCACAUCAAUCCAUGCGGUUCAUUCAUUGUUGGAGGACCAAUGGGAGAUGCCGGACUCACCGGACGUAAAAUCAUCGUCGAUACCUACGGAGGAUGGGGAGCUCACGGAGGUGGUGCUUUCUCUGGAAAAGACCCAACCAAGGUCGACAGAUCUGCCGCCUACGCUGCUCGCUGGGUCGCCAAAUCGCUCGUCAAAGCUGGACUCGCUCGCAGAUGUUUGGUUCAAGUUUCAUACGCCAUCGGAGUUGCCAAGCCAUUGUCGGUGAUGGUCUUCUCAUUCGGAACAUCUGGAUUGAACGAGGCUGAACUUUUGCAAGUUGUCAACGAUAACUUCGAUUUGAGACCAGGAAAGAUCAUCAAGUGAGUGAUUAGAUCGCAAAAAAUUGUACUAUUCCCGAUUUUCAAAACUAUUUUGUUAAUUUUCUAUGAGUUUCAAAAAUUGUAACUCGAAAACUAAGCUUUUUCAUGGGAUUGGUUUAAAAUCGUGAAAUCUCAAAAUCCUCAAUAAUUCAUAUAAUUUUGCAGGGAACUCGACUUGAAGAGACCAAUCUACGAGCCAACCGCCGAAAACGGUCACUUUGGACACAACGAAUUCCCAUGGGAACAAGCUCGCCCAUUGAAAAUCUCUCCCGAACUCCUCGCCAAAGCUCAAGGACCACGUAAAAAUGACGAUAUUGGAAUCGCUCAUUAA